GAGUCGCUCAAAGAUGAAGGAGCCUCAUGUAACCGGGACAAAGUCGUUUGCUAGACUUGCUCAUGAAGUGGCAACGAAGAAUGAUGGUGUAUACCCGACCCGAGGAGAAAUGUAUAUAACAACUCGCACUCGUAAAGAUGGAAGUUUUGUUGAUGAUAAAGCAACUAAUGUUGUGGCUUCACUAAAAGCUAUUGCAAGUGACUCUGCAAGCAAACAUAUAGAUCCGCAUGAUUUUACAAAUGAUGAAUACUCAAAAGUUAAAGGCCCGGAGAAAAGAGGGUAUGUUCGAUUAGUUGGAAGAAUGCCAGCCACAAAAAGUAAAGGUGAUUCUUCGACUAAUUCACAUACUAUUCAUCAGCUUCAGAGUGUUGUGAACGUUAUGAUGAACAUUAUCCAAGAACGUAUCCCCGAUGCAAACUUGCCUACAGUUCUUAGCAAUAUGAACAUACAGGUCCCCCGCGUCGGUUCUUCGGCUCCUAGCAACUCUUUACCUAGUAACGAAUUAUCAUCUUCAAGAAGUGACGAUAUUGAUGACAGAGCUGAAAACAUGUGAAGCCUUGGAGGAAUAGAGAUAACAAGAUUAAUGGAUUGCUUGGCACUAAGUUUUUUUAGAGUAUGAUUCGUAUCGAAAGAACGUUUUGACUUCUUUUGUAGACAUUAAUUUGUUUUCUAACACUUAUAGUAUGUUUUGGAUCGAACUUUUAGUUGAAGUUAUGACAUUAUUAUUUUGCUACA